UGAUGCCGCUGGUUUGCGCGAUUUGAAGUCCUUGUGGAUUCCCACUGAGAAGUGGAAUCACAUCAAGGAUUCGCUCGACGCGCACCGUGCUGAACAACUUGGCCAGAAGACUCGCAAGUCUUUGAAGAAACGCAUCCAGAAACGUGAAGGUGCUCUACCGAAAGCGAAGUCCAUCUGUGAGUGGUUGUACUCCCACGGUUCGUCGGUGUCGUUGUGCGGAUUCCUGGACCGACCGGCAGACGAGUUUGAUGCUGAUGGUUCUGUUCGCAUCAGCGCAUGCAAAACCGGACUUGGUGGCGCAAGUAGUCCAUCUGGCUUUUCUCCGAGUUCUUCGUUGGGUGGUGAGUCGCCUCAGCUGUCUCUU